UGGAGGAAGGGGCAUCCUCAGGGCCCCUAGCAGCGGGUUCCAACGGCUGCUUGUCUCUCUCGAGGUGCUCCCAGCUGCGGGAGGUGAAGAGAAAAUAAACUCACAGUAGAAGACAUGUCGUGGAUCAGAGAAGGUGAGCUGACCAUCAUAGAGAGGUUUUGUGCCAACAUUAUUAAGGCAGGUCCCAUGCCCAAGCAUGUUGCCUUCAUCAUGGAUGGCAAUCGCCGUUAUGCCCAGAAGUGCCACGUGGAGAGACAGCAGGGGCAUUCGCAAGGCUUUGAGAAACUGGCACAGACUCUCCGUUGGUGUUUAAAUCUGGGUAUCCGGGAGGUCACUGUUUAUGCAUUUAGUAUUGAGAACUUUAAACGCUCCAAGGAAGAGGUGGAUGGACUAAUGGAUCUGGCAAGGCAGAAAUUUAGCCGCCUACUGGAAGAACAGGAGAACUUGAAGAAGCAUGGUGUGUGUAUCCGUGUCCUUGGGGACCUGCCACUCCUGCCAUUGGAUAUUCAGGAACUGAUUGCCCAAGCUGUGCUGGCAACGAGGAACUACAACAAAUGCUUUCUAAAUGUCUGCUUUGCAUAUACCUCGAGACACGAAAUCAGCAAUGCUGUGAGGGAGAUGGCUUGGGGGGUGGAACAAGGGCUGCUUGAACCCAGCGACGUGUCAGAAUCCUUGCUUGAUAAGUGUCUGUACACCAACAACUCCCCAGACCCAGACCUCCUGAUACGAACCUCAGGAGAGGUCCGGCUGAGUGACUUUCUGCUCUGGCAGACAUCCCAUUCGUGCCUGGUAUUUCAGUCAGUGCUGUGGCCAGAAUAUUCCUUUUGGAACCUUUGUGAGGCUAUCCUGCAGUUCCAGAUGAACUACAGUGCUUUACAGAAGGCCAGAGACUCCUACAUGGAGGAAAGGAGGCGGCAACAGAUGGAAAGGGAUCAGGCUUAUGUGACAGAGAAGCUGCAGCAGGAGGGGGUUGCAUCUCAUGGAGACUCUUCUCGGCGUCGACGGACACUGUUGCAGAAAUGCACUGCCAUGCGGGAAGAGAGAAUCCAGGGCUUUCUGCAGGCGCUAGAGCACAAGAGAGCGGACUUCUUUGAAAGGUUGUGCACUGUGUCUGCAUGACAUGGGUGCCGGGUGGCUCUUGGGAAGACAGUUUCUAACUCUGAGGAAUAAGAGCUGCUGCCCAGAGGAAUUCCCUUGGUGCGGAUCUCCAGUUGGGAUGCAGGGCUGCUACAGGACUUUACAUCCCCAGUGGCACUAUCCAAGUGCCAACUCUCCUGUUGUGUGAAAGCCACUGAAGAAAAUGAUGGCAUCUUUCCGUCCUGAUGAUAUAGAAUACACACCCCUUGCCUUUUCUCCACUCCCUGGUAUUUUACAGGCCUGGAUGCUUUGGGGACGAGUAGGUUACUGGAAUGAGCUUCCAGUUCUGUUACGCCCCUCAUGAAUUGGCUGAGGAAAAGGAAUUCAGUGCUGUUAAAUCAGGCUGGACUGAAAGUUUUCUGUGGCUUUGCAGUGGGGAAUCUUUUGCUAAGAUUUCCUUUGCUAUUCCGUGAGAUGUCCAACUUCCAUUCCAUAUAGAGAGGGUUAUUCCUGGUGUGUAAGUGGGUCUGUGCCCAACAGUGGCAGAGAUGCUCCCCACUCCCUAAUAACCUGUUUGUUUUCUUUUUCCCCUCCUGACUCCUGGGUUUUACAUCUGCUCUUGGCUUCCAAAGAACUAAAUUGAAGUGGUGUUAGCCUCACUGUAAAGAAGGCACAAAGCUUCACCUUGCUGUCAGGUCCCGUGAAAUCUUAGCAACAAGGGCAGAAGGGACCCAAAAGUACCCAAAGCUGUUAGCGAUGUUGGAACAGCCCUAUUGUUUUGCAGGAAGCAGGGGGAAGGCUCCAAGUAGGCAAGAAAAAAGGAUUGGUAUAGACCUAAAUUAAUGGAUUAAAGAGGAAAAAAAGUUGGCUAAAACCAGGUGAUGGUUACAGUAAGAGAGAACUAAGCGAUGACAAACCGUCCUGUUUGCAGUGUGUUAGGGUAGGCUUAGUUCAGCAGUACAGUAGCCAAAAACAACCAAUCCCUAAUGAAAAUGGUUUAAAAGUGCUGUACAGUUGAUUCAAAUUUUAGGGAGAAGUAUUUGUUCUUAAUUCUGUAUCAGCAGGGAGAAGAAAUAGUUCAUUUCCAAGAUCUCCAGGAUUUCUGUUUCUUAAUUCUCUUGUUUCUGUCCCCCAACAGUAAUCAACAGAAAAUGUUGUCCUGCUUUAGUUUCUGCUCUACAUACAGGUGCAGCAGUUGCAGCCAUUGCUGUUUUGAAAGAGAUCCUUUUUACCUCAGAUGAGGACUAGAAAAUGGAGAUUUAAAAGAUUAAGUGCUGCAGACUCAGCACAUGGAAUAUGAUUGUGAAGAGGGUAAUUAAGUUGUCAAACCAUGAAUAAAGCAUUUUCAUACCAAACUUUUUUUAAAAAAAAUGAGCAUUUAAAACUAUACAGAGCUUAUUUUCUAAGUUUUAAUGAAUUUGGCAUCCAGAUCUGAUAUUGUUUAACCUGUGACAAGACUCCUUAUCUGAUUCCUGUUAAAAUGGAAAGAAUUUCAAGGCUGUAGUCUUUUACAGCAUUGCCUGAGCUCUUUUACAGCAUUUGCUGAUGUCCCAAGACUUGGCUGACUGAAGCACUGUGCAAAUGCACCCUCCUGCGUAAGUAGUUCACAGUAGCUUGGAUGAAAGUAUGCAGAGAUGGAAGCUGUCAAUUUAAGCUUAUUUUGUGGUAUUUUGUCUGUUCUUCACACUUUUGUUUUCAUUUACAUUUUUAUUUUGUCUGUCUUUAUGUUGCACGAAGUUGUCUGUGGAAAUAGGUUUUAUUCUCCAUGAGACUGAGCACUCAUGAGUCUGUUUUGUGAGGCAGACAGGCGGAUUGUCUUCCCUCCAAGAAUAUAUAUUUGACUCGAAAAGGAGGGGAAGACCAGUAAAUCAGAUCAUUAUUAUUAAAUGAACAACCAGAACUACAGUGGUGACUUUCUGCAAUGUAAUGUACUCUUGCA